CCUGAAAACAUGGAUGAUGUUUUUUAGAAAUCCUGACUUCGUGUUCUGCUCGAAUUUCUUUUAACUUAAACUUGAAAAAGGAGUGAUGUCUGAAGAGGCUUCAAGUUCCACCAAAGUGACGUUCAGCAAGCCAUCUAUAUUCGAAAUAGUUGCGCAUCAAGCCGUCGCUUCUGUCUUCAAACCAGCUUGUCAAUAUGUAAUCAGAAUUCUUGCACAAAAAUACCCAGAAAAAUUAGCUCAUAUUUUGAAAUAUUCCGAUGAAAUCUAUAUGGUAUGCGACUUGGUGCUUCAAAGACACUAUCUAAGCUGUUACAACGCUUCGUUGUCGGAGAACUUCUACUAUCUAAAAAGGAUCAACGUGGCAAAUGGCGUGGGUGAAAGAUUGGGCAAAAAAUUACAAUAUCUCUCUUUAAUUGCGCUCGUCCUCUGGCCUUACAUGAAAUGUAAAGUUGACCAAGCAUUUGAAAAGUUACGGGAUAAGAUUAUACGAGAAGAGGAUGAUGGACAAUCUAGUCGAAAUAAACUGUUUCUGCUGUUUUUGACCCUGUACCCAUUGGUCCACUUCACCAUUCAAAGUAUUUCUGCCAUCUACCAAAUGGGGUACACGUUGAAAUUACUGAAUUAUCAUACUCCAGUAUUUCAUGCACUUCAAAUGCAGCUUGUUAGAGCUAGCAGUGAGGAUUUAUUAGGUUUUCAUACUGAUUUGUUCACUGGUUCCAAAUCUUUAUGGCAAAGGUUUCUGUCAAUCCCUGGAUUUUUACUUGAUAAAAUGAUCAAGUUUGUUACAGUCAUCAUGCCUGCAGUCAUAUUCUUUUUACAAUUUGUUGAAUGGUGGUACUCUACAGAUCACGAGAUAACAUCGUCUGUUGUGAACUUACCCAUCCCCCCUCCUCCAGAGAUGCCAAAGAUAUCAAAGCAUGGUUGCGGUUUACCACCUCACCCAUUGCAAUGUCCCUUAUGCCACAAGGUUCACACAAACAUGGCCACUUUGGUGUCAUCUGGCUUUGUCUUUUGCUAUCCGUGCAUACAUCAAUUUAUCACAGAACAUGGUUGCUGUCCAGUCACAAACAUUCCAUCAAGCUUGGAUCAGAUUUUGCGCAUCUAUUCCUUACAAGAUUCAUAGCAGUCAGCUAAAUUUAAAAUACCAGAGUCUAUAAUCAAAACAGUGCAGGUCUCUUACCUCAAAGUUUAAAGAAUUUAAACUUGAUUAUGUGUUAAUAGAAUAAAAAAUAAAACUUGAUUGGUCCUAAAAAUAUAUAAAUUCAAAUCUAGAAUAUUAUUUAUUUACCUAGGCAUAAGUAUU